GGAAAACCCAUUCCACUUCAGUUCCUUUUCCACUUCGGCACCAAACACUCGAUUUUGUGUCUGCUCCAGGGCCAAUAACUAUACACCACUCCCCCCAAAAAAAAGUAAAAAGAGCACACGUUUCGGAAAACCUAAACCAAGUCAAGAUGUGUGGUGGCUGGGCCUGUGCCUCCUACAAUAUCGCCUGCUGCAAUCCCCGUCUGUCGACACUGCGAUUCUCUGGCCGCUGUUUCGCACCCACGCCCUGCGGUCCAUGUGAUGACUGCUCCAUUUACGGCGGUUGCUGCGGUGGCUGCUGCGGGUGCUAGCUGAACUCUGACCUGGAGUA